AUGAGCGUGUCUGUGCGCUCGGUGCUGGUGGAAGGACCACAGCCGAGAGCCAAGGGGCCCUACACGUACGCGAGCACGCCGCGCGCGCUUUACAACAAUGUCAAACUCAAACGGAAUCCGUCUUGCGAGGAGGUGGGCGCGCGCAACCUGAUGCACGAUCGGCGCGUGGUCCGCGGCAGCACGGUCGCGCACGUCCCGCACGUCCCGCACGGCCCGCACGUCGCGCACGCACACGCAGCCGGCGAUGGUGCGAGCCGGUCGCGGAGACGAGCUCUGGCUCGGCGCGCGGCGCUGGCGCGGCUUCGGCCCGGCUCGCCGCCGCCCGCGCCCGCGCGCCGCCACCUGCCUGUGCAGACUGACCACUAUCUCCAGGAGCUAUUUGAUAAAGGCGUUGAAAUGGAGGUGGGCGUCCAAACGGAUCUGUUCCUGGACCGGCCUGCAACUCCUAUCUACGUGCCUGCGAAAACGGGCGCCGACGCGUACACCCAGAUAUAUCCGGGAGAUCUAUUUGACUUCGACUUGGAGGUGCAGCCCAUCCUGGAAGUGCUGGUGGGCAAGACGACGGAGCAGGCGCUCGCCGAAGUGGCUCAGGAAGAAGAGCUGGAGACUCUGCGCGAGCAGCAGCGCCGCUACGUGGAACUUCGUGACGCCGAGCGCGCAGAGCGGCAGCGACUCGCUGCACAGCACGUACGCCUGCACAACGAGAAGGAGCGGCGCGUGGCGGAAGCUCGGCGCAGCGCGCGCGCGGCGGAGGAGGCGCGGGCGCGCGCGGCGGGCGCGACGCUGCUGCGCGGCUGGCUGGCCGGCCUGCUGCCCGCCGUGCUGGCCGGCCUGCGCGAACACGGCUACCUGCUCGACUCGCUGCACGCCGGUGUAAAUGAGGAGGUGAUGCCGUGGCUGGUGCAGGAAGUGUCGCAUGAGAUUGAGUCGAUCAUCACGAGUCGGGAGGUCAUCACAGAGAUCGUGCGCGACGUGGUGGAGGCGCGCGCGCAGCGGCCGCCGGACGACCUCGCGCCCAGCGCGCCCUCCCUGCCCUCCUCACCCUCUUCGCGCUCUUCAGAGGAACAGCUAGAAGGUGAGUGGUCUCUAUUGUUGAGAUCUCACAAUCACACUAAUUUGUGA